UAAAACAAGGAGAGAUGAUUGAAAAAAACAAGGAGAGUGAAGAAUCAAGUGAAGUUGGAGAGAAAAAUCAUGUCAAAACUGGAGAAAAACCCUUGAGUUGCUCUCAAACCAAAGAGAAAUAUUUAAAGAAAAGAAGAGCCAAAAAAUAUUUCACCUGCACUGGAAAGUGUGGAAUGAGUUUGACAAGCAAAUAUAAUUUUGAUGUUCACAUGAGAGUUCAUACUGGAGAGAAACUGUUCACUUGUGAUCAGUGCGGGAAGAGUUUCACUCAAUCAUCACACCUUAAGGAUCACAUAAACAUCCACACUGGAGAGAAUAUGUUCACUUGUGAUCAGUGCGGGAAGAGUUUCACUCAAUCAUCACACCUUAAGGAUCACAUAAACAUCCACACUGGAGAGAAACCAUACAAAUGUUCACACUGUGACAAGAGAUUCAGUCGGUCAGGACACCUGAAAACACAUGAGAGGAUCCACACUGGAGAGAAACCGUACAAGUGUGAUCAGUGCGGGAAGAGUUUCACAAUAAAAGGACACCUUUCAGCACAUAUGAGAGUUCAUACGGGAGAGAAACCAUUCACUUGUGAUCAGUGCGGGAAGAGUUUCACAAUAAAAGGACACCUUUCAGCACAUAUGAGAGUUCAUACGGGAGAGAAACCAUUCACUUGUGAUCAGUGCGGGAAGAGAUUCACACAAUCAGCACAUCUUAAGAAUCACAUGAAGAUCCACACUAGAGAGAAACUAGAGUACAUGUGCUUUGAGUGUGAAAAGACUUUUACUACAGCAAACUGUUUAAAACGGCACGAGAGGAUCCACACUGGA